AUGGUCCCAGAAGAAGCCCGCCUCCGCGUAAUCAUCGUCGGAGCCGGUCUCAGCGGUAUCGCGACUGCUAUCUCUUCCGCUCUCUCGGGCCACGAUGUCCAGGUCAUCGAGCAAGCAAAGGAGCUCGCCGAGGUCGGAGCAGGACUACAGAUCACCCCCAAUGCGUCGCGCCUAAUGCAAUACUGGAAGCUCCCCGCCUCGCUGUGGGAAGCUGCCGCGGAGCCUACGAAGUUGACCGUGCACCGGUACUCGGGCCAGGUGUUGGCUCACGAUGCGGCUUUCAACAAGAGUAUCCGGGCGAAAUACGAUGCGCCGUUCGUGGACUUGCACCGUGUUGAUCUUCAGCAGGCGUUGUUUGCGCGUGCGAAGGAUUUGGGAGUCACUUUCCAUCUUGGGGAGAGAAUUGAGCGCAUCGAUUUUGAUACUACCACUGUGCACUCUGUGGCGGGGAAGGUGUUCUCGGGUGAUCUUAUUAUUGCGGCGGAUGGGCUGUGGUCGAAGUGUCGCGAGGCCUUUGUUGGGAAGAAAGAUGAGCCGCUGCCCACGGGUGAUCUUGCUUAUCGGAUUGUCUUGACUGCUGACCAGAUUACUGAUCCGGAUCUGAAGUCUUUGGUUCAGAAUCCAGAGUGUCAUUUCUGGAUUGGACCUGGUGCCCAUGCUGUUGGUUAUUCGCUGCGCGGUGGCCAAAUGUACAACAUUGUCUUGCUGGUUCCUGAUAACUUGCCUCCGGGAGUUUCAAAGCAGGCAGGAUCUGUGGAUGAGAUGCGAGAACUAUUUGUUGGUUGGGAUCCAAUCCUCAACAAGUUCCUGACAUAUGUUGACACCUCUGUCGGUAUUGACAAGUGGAAGUUGAUGCACCAUGGUGAAAUGGAGAACUGGGUCAACGACAAGUCUAACCUUGUCUUCAUUGGAGAUGCUUGCCACCCAAUGCUACCAUACCUGGCACAAGGUGCCAACUCAUCUCUUGAAGAUGGUGCCGUUCUCGGUCUGCUUCUGGGACACAUGACAGAUAAGGCACAAUUGCCUCGCAUUUUAAGACUAUACGAAACUCUCCGCAAAUCCAGAGGAGAGGCUAUCGUUCGCGAGACAUUCAAGCAGCGACACGAUUUCCACAUGCAUGACGGAGAAGAGCAAGAGAAGCGCGAUGAGAUUUUCCUUUCACAGCUUGGAAAGGAGCUCAAGGGUGCCUUCCCUAGUCGAUGGACAUGCCCAGAAGUGCAGCCCUGGCUGUAUGGCUACGAUGCUGUCAAGGAGGUCGAGAAGGCCGUAUCGCAGAACCAAGAUCUCUUCGCACAGCCUUCUCAGCCUUCACAGUCAUACUGCACCAUCUUAUAG